AUGGCCGUCGCCCUCGCUCUAGUCGUUGCCGUAUGCGCGCUGGGCCCAGCCGCCGUCGCCGCCACCCCCCUCCAAGCCGCGUGCCCCGCGGGCCUCACGCCCGACCAGUGCAAGAUCUGCGCCCUGUCAGCCACGCCUGCCGCGUGCCACGCGUGCGUCCAGGGCGCCAAGGCGUCCAAGGAGCCCGAAGCGCCCGCCGCCAACGCAGCCACCUGCAUGGUCUGCGGCAGCCUGGCCUCCAAGGACCAGCGGGACAUGUGCACCGGCUGCGUCAAAACCCAGGGCUUUGCUGCCGGCUGCUCGGCCUGCGCGGGCGCCGCGCUGUACGGCAUCCCUGAGAACAGCAAGCCAACGGCCCAGGGCCUGGCUACAGCCGGGGGCUGCUACUCAUGCUAUGCCAAGGCGGGCAAGGACCUGCAGGCUACACCCGCCUGUGCCGCUUGCUGGGCGCCUGCCAGCAAGGACCCGGCCGCCUGCUCCUCCUGCGUCGCCGGCGCGACCGGCGUCCCCGCCAUCGCGCGCGCCGGCUGCUUCGGUUGCUACCUCAAGACCCAGGCCGACGCGGCCGGCUGCAACGCCUGCCUCAAGGCCGCGACGGCGCCCGCUAACGCGCAGGUCUGCCCCCUCUGCGCCAAGCCCGGCGCAGCGACCGGCGAGCAGGGGCGGUGCUACAGCUGCAUGUCGUCCGUCAAGGCGUCCCUGCCGGGCGUGAGGUGGCUCUGCCACUUUACCGGCACCGCCGAGGGCAACAAGCCCGUGGCGGCGCUGACGGCCGCCGUCCCCAAGUACUUCAAGUGCCUCUCGGGGGCCGGCACGCUGGACGCCGGCCAGGCCUGCCGCAAGUGCAUGGAUAAGCUGGAGGCGGCGGGCGCCGCCGCCGGCGACCAGUGCUUCGCGGCGCUCGCGUGA